CCGGUUUUGACAGAACAUGUCGAUAUUAUUUGCUUGCGUGUGUUGAUUGAAUUUAAUUGAAUAUUACCGAAUAAAAUACCACAAAAAGUCCAUAAAUACAUUACAAAAUGUUGACGAAGUUCGAGACGAAGUCGGCUCGGGUCAAAGGAAUAUCAUUCCAUGCUAAACGGCCAUGGGUUUUGGCAAGUUUGCACAACGGUGUGAUUCAGCUGUGGGAUUAUCGUAUGUGCACUUUGCUGGAGAAAUUCGACGAUCACGAUGGUCCCGUCCGCGGUAUACACUUCCACAUCCAACAGCCGCUCUUCGUAUCCGGUGGGGAUGACUACAAAAUCAAGGUGUGGAACUACAAGCAGAGGAGAUGUCUGUUCACGCUGCUGGGGCACUUGGACUACAUCAGAACAACAUUCUUCCAUCAUGAAUACCCGUGGAUUUUGAGUGCCUCUGAUGAUCAGACAAUAAGAAUCUGGAAUUGGCAAUCUCGUCAAUGCAUCAGCGUGCUGACGGGCCACAACCACUACGUCAUGUGUGCUCAGUUCCAUCCCACUGAGGAUCUUAUCGUCUCCGCAUCUCUGGACCAGUCAGUCCGAGUGUGGGACUUCUCCGGCUUGAGGAAGAAGAGUGUAGCCCCUGGACCCACAGGGCUAGCUGAUCAUCUACGUAACCCACAAGCGACAGACUUGUUUGGACAGUCACCUCUUCUCUUGCAGGCGGACGCGGUGGUGAAGCAUGUUCUGGAGGGCCACGACCGAGGUGUGAACUGGGCGGCAUUCCAUCCCACGCUACCUUUGAUCGUGUCAGCCGCUGAUGAUAGACAGGUUAAGCUGUGGCGAAUGAAUGAUGCUAAGGCGUGGGAGGUGGACGCGUGCCGCGGUCACUACCACAACGUGUCGUGCGCGCUGUUCCACGCCCGGCACGAGCUGCUGCUGUCCAACAGCGAGGACAAGUCCAUCCGCGUGUGGGACAUGACCAAGCGCACCUGUCUGCACACCUUCCGUAGAGAGGAUGAAAGAUUCUGGGUCCUCUCCGCCCAUCCAACACUGAACCUGUUCGCGGCGGGCCACGACGCCGGCAUGGUGCUGUUCAAGCUGCAGCGCGAGAGACCAGCCUACGCCGUACACAACAACACACUCUUCUAUAUCAAAGACAGGCAGCUUCGUAAGUUGGACAUGCAGUCUCACAAGGACUCGCCCGUAAUGCAGAUCAAAGGCGGCGGACGAGUGCAGCCGUACAGCAUGUCACUGAACCACGCGGAGUGGUGCGUGCUGGUGAGCUGGCGUGCGGGCGACACGCACACGUACGAGCUGUACGCUGCGCCGCGCGACGAGGGGGCGGCGCCCGCUGUCGAGCCGCUCAGAGGCCACGCCUCCUCCGCCGUGUGGGUCGCACGUAACCGCUUUGCUGCGCUGGAGAAGAAUAACCAGUUAGUAAUCCGCAACCUCAAGAAUGAAGUGUCGAAGAAGAUCGCGACACCCAACUGCGACGAGAUAAUGUACGCCGGCACCGGCAUGCUGCUGCUGCGCGAGCCCGAUGCCGUCCAGCUGCUGGACGUGCAGCAGAAGCGGACCGUCGCCACGCUGAAAUUAUCAAAAUGCCGCUACGCCGUCUGGAACGCUGACAUGUCCCUAGUCGCGCUGCUCGGCAAACACACUGUGACCAUCUGCACGCGCCGCCUGGAGCAACUGUGCACGGUUACCGAGGGAGCGAGGGUCAAGAGCGGGGCGUUCGACGACAGCUGCCCGCAACCCGUCUUCAUAUACACCACCGCGAAUCACAUCAAAUACUGUUGUAAGGAUGGCGACUACGGCAUAAUCCGCACUCUGGACGUACCCGUAUACGUAAUGCGCGUGCUGCCCGCACCCAAUGGCGGCGCCGCGCGCGUCGUCUGUCUCGACCGCGAGGCCAAACCCAAGGUGCUGACUAUAGACACGACAGAGUACAGGUUUAAGCUGGCGCUGGUGACGCGGCAGUACGAGCAGGUGCUCCACAUGGUGCGCACCGCUAAGCUCGUGGGACAGAGCAUCAUUGCUUACCUCCAAGAGAAGGGAUACCCAGAAGUGGCUCUUCACUUCGUGAAAGAACCUCGCACGAGACUGUCACUUGCGCUGGCGUGUGGGAACAUUGAGGCAGCGUUAGAUGCUGCCAAGAGCCUGGACGACGCUGCUGCCUGGGACAGACUCGCUGAGGCGGCGCUGCAGACUGGUAACCACCAGAUCGUGGAGAUGUGCUACCAGCGCACGAAGAACUUCGACAAACUCUCCUUCCUGUACCUCAUCACGGGCAACCUGGACAAGCUGCGGAAGAUGAUGAAGAUAGCGGAGAUACGGCGCGACGUGUCCGCGCAGUUCCAGGGUGCGCUGCUGCUCGGUGACGUCACAGAGCGCAUCCGCCUGCUCAAGAACGCUGGCCAGCUCUCCCUGGCCUACCUGACCGCCAUCAACCACAAGCAGCUGGAGGAGGCGGAACAACUGCGGGCGGCGCUGGAGGCGGCGAACCUGCCCGUGCCGGCCGCCAACCCCGACGCGGUGUUCCUGCGCCCGCCGCUGCCGGUCGCGCGCGCGCAGCCGAAUUGGCCGCUGCUGGCUGUGUCCAAGAGUCUAUUCGAAGUGGCGAGUGCUGGUGCUGGAGGCGCGGGCGGCGCGGUGGCCGCCGUCACCGACGAGCCGCUAGAGGCCGCCGGCGCCUGGGGCGACGACGAGGACGUGCUGGCUGAGAACAAGGAGGAUGGCGAGGAAGCAGCUGCGGAAGACGCGUGUUCCGACGGCGGGUGGGACGUCGGCGAUGAUGACCUCGAGCUGCCCGAGGAGCUCGCACCUGUCUCCGCAAACAUGGACGGUGAAGAGGAACAGGCAUACUUCGUGGCGCCGACGCGCGGCGCGGGCUUGGCUAUGGCGGGCACGUUACGUAUAGCGCACGACGCAGUGGCGUUGGGACAGUUCGAGAUGGCGUGCAGAAUGCUGAACGAGCAAGUGGGCAUAGUGAACUUCGAGCCGUACGUGGACACGUUCACGAGCAUGUUCGCGUGCGCACGCAUGCAGUUCGGCGCGCUGCCCGCGCUACCGCCGCUCACCGCGCUGCUGCCGCGACCCACAGACAAGGACAGACUGCCCGUCGUCACGGUGAAACUCAACGACCUAGUCGCGCAACUCCAACAGAGCUACGUGCUGACAACGGGCGGGAAGUUCACCGAAGCGGCAGUGGUGCUGCGCCGCGUCGCGCGCGCCGUGCCGUUGCUGGUGGUGGAGACGCGACAGGAGCUGGCUGAGGCGCAGCAGCUGCUGGCGAUAUGUGCGGACUACCUGCUGGGGCUGCAGAUGGAGACCGCUAGGAAAGCGAUGCCGAAGAACACCCUCGAGGAACAGAAGCGGACGUGCGAGAUGGCCGCCUACUUCACACACUGCAAGCUGCAGCCCGUCCACCAGAUACUGACGCUACGGACGGCACUGAACAUGUUCUUCAAGUUGAAGAACUACAGAACGGCCGCGAGCUUCGCUAGACGAUUGCUGGAGCUAGGUCCCCGGCCGGAAGUAGCCCAACAGGCGCGCAAGAUCCUGCAGGCGUGCGAGAAGUCCCCGACAGAUGAACACCAGCUGCUAUACGACGAGCACAACCCGUUCAGCAUCUGCGGCUUGUCCUACACCCCCAUAUACCGCGGGAAACCCGAGGUCAAGUGCGCGCUGUGCGCCGCCAGCUUCUUGCCAGAACACAAGGGCAAGUUAUGUCCAGUGUGCGGCGUCGCGGAGAUCGGCAAAGACGUCCUCGGGCUAAGAAUCUGCCCGCUGCAGUUCCAGAGAUGAACACAUGUAUUGUAAUAUUGUAUUAUCUAAUUAAGUCUAUAUUAUAAAUAUUAAAUAUAUUAUUGUAACUUGGUUUA